AUGCUGGCGAAUCUGACCAUCAGAGCCUCUCAGUUCGAUGCUCAAAACAUAUUUGACAUCGCUUCAAGCAUCACCUUUGACCGUGUUCGCCGCUUCUGCAGCUUCUUUGCAUUGAUCGCCGUAAUUGCCCUGCUGAAAGAAUGGGCUAGAGUCCUUAACAUGCGCCGGAAACUGCCUCCAGGACCCUUUCCUUUCCCAAUUAUCGGAAACCAUUUCCAGACGCCGGCCGUCAGACCUUGGAUUGCAUGGGAGAAGUGGGGAAAAUACUACAAUAGCCCUUUAAUGACGAUUUGGAUUGGUGGCUAUCCUCGAAUCAUCAUGUCGGAUGCUUGGGUUGCUUCUGACCUUCUUGAGAAGAAGUCGGAUGUCUUCUCUUCUCGACCGAAGCUCAUCAUGAUGGGCGAUUUGAUCAAUACAACCACCACGAAUCAGACUAUGCUUGAGUAUGGAAAUCGUUGGAGAUUGCACCGUAAGCUCAUGCAUACUGCCGUUGGCACGCAGGCAGUGCGUGGUUACCGCUCUUACCAGGCCGAUGAGUCCAAGAUUCUUACCAGAGACUUCCUAGAGAUUCCGCACGAUUAUGAAAUGUCAAUCGAGCGCUACUCAGUCUCCACCAGCUCGAUUGUCGGCUGGGGCAGAAGAAUCGACAAGAACAACGACUAUGUUGCUGUCCAGGCUCUGAAAUUCAUGGAGAGCGUCAAUCUUGUGGUUCCCGGUGCUUUCAUCAUGGAAGCUCUGCCAUGGCUACAGAAGCUCCCCUCUUGGCUCUACAAAUUUCCCCAUGCUCUCAGGCUCGGUUCCGCUAUUGGGGCGCGCUACUUCUACAUGCUUACAGAAGAGAGCAUGGGUAAUAAGCAAAAGGCUUUUAAUUCGACCGUGAUGAAGGCUCAAAAGGAUCAUAGCAUGACUGACCUUGAGGUUGCUGGUUUAAUGGCCAGCGUGAUCGGUGGUGGCGUUGACACCACAUCUAGCACCAUGGUGAGCUGCAUUCUGGCCAUGUGUGCGUUCCCCGAGGUUCAGAAGAAGGCACAAGAGGAGUUGGAUCAUGUCGUUGGACACGACAGGUCUCCCGACUGGAGUGACAUUGAUGGUAACAAACUGCCCUACAUCACCGCUAUUGUCAAGGAAACUCUUCGCUGGAGAACUGUCACCGUCUUGGCUGGUAUUCCUCACGCCAACACCGUUGACAUCGACUACCGCGGUUAUCAUUUCCCAGCUGGCACGAACUUCACUGGAAAUAUGUGGGCUAUUCACCGGAACCCUGUUGAUUUCCCGGACCCGGACAACUUUAUACCUGAGCGAUUCCUUGAUGGGCCCUGGAAGAAACCAUACCCUAAUGCAAGAGGUAGCAAUCCCUUCGGGUGGGGGCGCCGCCAGUGCAGUGGCCAGCCUCUUGCCGAACAGGGUCUUUUUUACUCGCUAGGUCGCAUCAUUUGGGCAUUCCACAUUGAACCUGGUCUAAAUAAGGACGGCUCGGUGCACAAUCCUGACAUCUUUGCAUUCACUGAGAACGAGAAUAUGCGUCCGAUGCCGUUCCCUGCCCGUUUUACCCCCCGGUCUGAGAAAAUCAAGAAUAUUAUCUCAGAGGAAGCAGCCAUUGCCAGGGAGGCCCUACGCUGUUAUGACGGGGAAACUAAGCUCACUAUGGCGGACGCCGUUAGCCGUCCUGCCUUUGAGUAG